UAAAAAUAAAACGAUACUACCUUUAUAUUAAAAUAGGAAUAAAUUCACAAUCUUUAUUACAAUUCGCAAAAUGUUUCUGCAUUUCUAUCGGUAGAAAAACGUUAUGAAAAAGCUCCACGUUUUCCUUUUAUUUUUCUACUUUGGAUUCUCUUUAUCAAUGUGGCUGCCGAUCACUAAAUUCAGUCGUUCAAGAGCAACAAAGCCACCACUAUUCCCACCACCCUCGGAACUGAAAGAGGAACAUUUGUAUAAACUAAAAAUACCCAAUAAAAAAUUAUGCGACGAAAUGGAGCGGAAUCAGCACGGAAAGUACCUUCUCAUACCCUGGCUGUCCUUGAACUGCCAGGUCUUGAAGGAUGACGUAGCGAGGAAUCUGUCUCCUGGGGAUGUCCUACCGAUCCACAGAGCCGUGAUAAACAAACUUUUUUCAUUCCGAAGAAGCGGCCUGUUGAAAUAUUAUAGCAGAACCACAUUGCCUCAUAUAAGCAGGAUUUAA